AUGUGGGGCGUCAAACAAUUUACCACCCUCUCCGAUCGAGGGCGGUUCCUGAAGACUGGAGACCUCGCACGAUAUAAUGCCGAUGGCACCAUCAACCUCCUUGGCCGCAAAGAUUCCGAGGUCAAGAUCCGUGGCCAGCGGGUGAAUUUGAAAGAGGUUGAAAUAUUGAUGCGGCCUCAGCUUGGUCCGAACUUUGACAUUUUCGUGGAAUCGGUCCUUCCCAAGGGCAGCACGCCAACACUGGCCGCCUUCUUAUUCGCGAAGGAUGCCCAUUCACUAAGCUCUAAGUCAGUAGAUGGACACGGCUUCGCCGCCCACCCCACCUCCCUUAGUGCUCGAAUACAGCUGGUAGAUUCACCUUUGCAGACAAGUCUUCCUGUUGACAUGGUGCCGGCUGUCUAUCUGCUAGUUUCUGCUCUCCCCACAUCCAUUAGCGGCAAGGUUGAUAGACGAGCAUUAACGGAGAGAGUCAUUGCAUUGACCGGGGCAGAGCUGGACACUUUGAUGCACGGCCAGCCUGCCGAGGUGCUGCCCCCUUCGACACCAAUGGAGAAACGCCUAGUCACUCUCAUUGCGGACACUCCGCAGCUCGAAUGCGCCAACAUAGCAGUAAACGCAAGCUUUUUGAAGCUGGGUGGCGAUUCUCACCGCAAUGGCCUUUAUAUCUUCCCAGCGCCUACGAUUGCAAGCCUUGCACAAAGGGCCCAAGUACAAAUCGACACAAAGACCAUUGAUUUCGAUCGGAAUUCGCUUUUUGGAUUAACACCCAUGCAGCGGCACAUUCUAUCAGGGGAGCGGUCGCCUACUGGAUCGAGUGUCCUCAUUGAGUUACAGCGGCAGCAAGAGAGCUGCCAAGUAGCAGACGCGAUUCUAUCCCUUGUUAUCCAGCAUCCCAUGUUGCGAUCCCGCUUUGUGGUGUUGGAAAACGGUGAAGUCCGCCAGAUGAUGAUGGACGCCGUAGACGGCGGAUUGCUCUUUGGAGAGCGCGAAAUCAAGCUGUCUGAGGACUUUGAAACCCUACGAGAGACAGGAAUCAGCCUGUUGGAUCCCUGCAAAGGCCCAGUCGUUGGGGUUUAUCUGAUUCAGAGUUUAGGAGGGAAACAGAUGUUGCUUCUAGUUGCCCAUGACCUGAUUGUGGACAGUCGCUCGUGGGUUGUUUUGCAGAGUGACUUAGAGCAAUUACUAGGUGAAAACACCCUCGAUGAGGUGCCCAGCUUUCAGGAAUGGUACAAUCUCAUACAAGGGAAGGCCAAACAAAACGACAUCUUACGAGAAUUAGCAUCUGAGGGUUGGGCAGGUGGAGAUGAUGACUCGAACAUCCCCAUUUACGGAAGCAGCUUGAAGCUACUACGAGGACAGACAGCUGCCCUGGACAGUGAACCCUGCCAUCUUCUUUUCGGAGAUGUCCGCGAGUUAUUACAAGUCCAACCGUGGCAAAUCAUCCUGGCGGCACUGGCUAGGUCAUACUAUCUGGUCUUUCCCGAUCGCAGGCCGCCGUCUCUUGCGGUUCUUGCCUACUCAGGCCCCAAGAGCCUUGGGUGCCUGAGCAGUCUAGAUCAUGUCCGUCGUAUCAGGGACAGUACCUGGCUGUCCUCUGUCGAUAAUCACCAUUCUGUCUGCUUUGGAUAUCUGGUCUCCGGGCGAGAUGUGCCCAUCGCUGAGAUAGAUAAGGUCGUCGGUCCACUUUUGAACCUGCUGGGUGACUAUGCCAAGUCCCUCGGCCACCACCCGGGCAUGAUUCCAGCUUUAACACAAAUGGAACAGGUAAUAUCAGGGCCUCUCUUCAAUACUCUGGUCAACCAUCGCCAAUUCCCGACAUCGGAUCCGAAAUCCAUUGGUGACUCUGAUCUUCAUUUCCAGAUCCUCUCUUCUACUGACCCUAUGGCUUAUGACAUUGUGGUCGUUGUGGAUCAAGUGCCUAACUAUAUCAAGAUUACUCUCAAUUACUGGGAUGUGCGACUUUCAGAAAGCACAGUGGCCAGGUUAACGUCCUCAUUUGAUGCUAUACUGACAUCCUUCGUCACGAAUCCCUUAUCAAAGCCGUCGGAUGUUCUUAACUGUUCUCUUGUCUAUAGAUCGAUGUAA